UUAUCCUUCACACAGAGGAAGCCAAAAUAUUCAGCAACACGCCGGCUGCAUUUGAAGUCCAAACUGCUGAAGAAGGCUGCUUCUAUGCUCGUGGCUGAACGUGAACAGAGGAAACAGGAGAAGGAGAAAGUUGUGAACGAGAGCUUCCCUCCUCUGAAGUUGUCAGGUCUGUCAGUCCAGGAACUCCAGGAUCUUUGCAAAGAACUACAUAAAAAAAUUGAUGUUGUAGAUGAAGCUCGUUAUGAUCUGGAGGUUAAGGUUUCCAGAAAUGAGACAGAGAUCCAGACACUGAAUCAGAAGAUCAUUGGGCUGAAGGGGGCGAGGAGGCCCAGCUUAAAGAGGGUGAAGAAAACUACAGAUGACAUGCUGGGCGCAUGCACCGACAACUCCAAACUCAUGAAGGCUGAUUUCAAGGCCAACCUGAAGACAGUGAAGAAGGAGGAAGAAAAGAGGGAAGAAGUGACUGACUGGCGUAAGAAUGUGGAGGCCAUGUCGGGUAUGGAGGGCAGAAAGAAGCUGUUCAAUGCUGGACAAUAAAAAGAAUCAUCAUCCAAAUUCAAGAAGGAGUUUCUAAAGCUAGUUUUGUAUAGACUGAGGCAGAGAUUAAAUUAAUGCACCAUUUAGAUUAUGCCAUGUUAAAAUAGUUUUAACUUUGAUUUAAUGUAAACAUGUAUGUAAAAUAUACUACUGAAUGCCACGGAAGACAGGGUGUAGGUUUCAUUUCAACACUGGGGGGGACACAUAUGAAAUGGGGGGUUUUAGUGGGCUCUCCAAAAGAAAAAUUUGAGCAUCAAGCACUUAAUUUCCCACAUUCUAGUGAAUUUUUAUGCACAAAUCUGUGCCUUUUCUGCAUUAAUUUAUAAUGUAAAUGUCUUUGUCAAAAUAAAAGUCCCCUGAUACUGCAUUUUUAUAUUGAGGGGUUGAGGGAGAUGUGUCUCCUGCACCCACCUCCUGAAAUCUGCAGCUAUGCAUGAAUGUAUUAAAAUAAAUUGUGUAGUAUACAGUACACUUUGUAUACUGAGAUUGUGCUAAAGAAGGGCUUAUUAAGCUUUAUGAGUUUGUCUUUUAAAGUGCUGUAUUUGUAUUACACAGAUGAUGGCACUGCUUCACUAUCUGUAAUACAUGUGAUGCUGAUUAAACAACUUUACUGCUUGGC